AUGGUUCUUGCAUCUCACUCCCGCAGGAGGUUGCCGCCAGGCAUCACUGUCUCUGCGCCGCCUCACUUGCCGACGUACACACCAUCCGAAAACUUCACAGAUCCACUGCGCUUUAUCCCGGAGCGCUGCACUGGCGAUGAGCGGUUCGUUGGAGACAAGAGAGCUGCAGUGCAUCCAUUUUCUGUUGGCUCACGAGACUGUCUGGGCAAGAAGCAGUAUGGUAUGGCAAAACACGAAAUGCGGUUGAUUCUUGUAAAGGUACUGUGGUCUUUUGACAUUGAGCUCUGCGAACAGCAGGGCGAUUGGCUGGACCAGAAAGUGUUCUUGACUUGGGAGAAGAUGCCGCUGAUGGUUAGAUUGAAGACAGCAGAAGGGUAA